AUGCAUCGGAAUUUGGGCGUGUUUUUCAAUCAGGAAGGGCAUAUAUUUUGGGUAUAUUAAAUAGUGGCCGAUAUUGAUAGCGGAGUUUGAGCACUAUUUUCCAACAUGAAGAAACUGUUGACUGUAUUUACGUAUUUAUGCCUGGUCUGCGUGGAAUACGCAUCAGGACAUGGCAGACUAUGGGAGCCCCCGGCCAGGAGCACAAUGUGGCGGAGAGGUUACCAUACCACCCCCGACUACAACGACAAUCAGCUAUUUUGUGGAGGAUUCUCGAUUCAUUGGAUGCAGAAUGGAGGUAAAUGUGGAAUAUGCGGUGACCCGUAUAACCAACCGCAGCCCCGGGACCACGAGGCGGGCGGAAAGUACGCAUCCGGUAUCAUAUCGAGGCGCUAUACGGAGGGGCAACUAAUUGACGUCGAUGUGGAUAUCACGGCCAAUCACAAGGGAUGGUUUGAAUUCCGACUCUGUCCAAAUAACGACGUAAAGAAAGUGGCGAGCCAGACAUGCUUCGAUAAUAACCUGUUGAAAUUUUCCAAUAAUGCAACAAGGUACCACAUUUCCACGGCAGUCGGCAUGUACCACGUCCAGAUACAACUGCCCACCGGCCUGACAUGUACCCAAUGUAUCUUGCAAUGGAAGUACCACGCAGGAAACAGUUGGGGGGUUGACCCAUCAGGAAAAGGAUGUAUAGGGUGUGGUGUACAGGAAGAAUUCUAUGGUUGUUCCGAUAUUGCGAUUGAUGGCAAGAGUGGAAAUCAAGUUAAUGCAGGUACAAUCGCAAAAACAACAAAACAGCCUACAACAAGUACUACGACAACGACUCCCACGACAACGAAAACCACAACAAAACCAACAACAACGACAACAAAACCAACAACGACAGCUAAACCAACAACGACGACUAAACCAACAACGACCACGACAACAGCUAAACCAACAACGACAACAACUAAACCAACAACGACCACGACAACAGCUAAACCAACAACUAAACCAACAACGACCACGACAACAGCUAAACCAACAACAACACAGAAACCAAAACCUACAACCAAGAAAGCAACACCUUCCCCCUCUGUCACAACUGGUUCUUCCAAUGGCAGUGGCGUUCGCCCUGUUCCAGGUGGGAUGAGCGCCAAAAAGAAGUGUGGACCGACAUAUGUAUGGAAGAAGACAGCAGGCAUGCAGCUAUGGUGCGAGACGAACUGUCGAAUGGGCUAUUGUCCCUCGUCACACUGUGUUUGUGUAUAGACUUGUAUCAGUCUCCGAGACGAUAAUGUUAAUGUAAUCAUAAUCCAGUCAUCUCAUUUUUUUUAAUUCUGUAUUUGAAUAAACAAAGUCAACCAACAA